UCCCAUUGGCCCAUUUCAAUAGUCGCGGGAUACUUGAACUGCACGAACAGCCGCCGCUCCGGCGGGCUGCUCGCUACAUCUCGGGGGCGUCUUGAGCCCUCCACGCCCGGCAGUUCCUGCCUGAGCCUUUCGCAACGUCCUCGGAGCUGCGCGAUCCCGAGCGAGCAGGCUGGCCCGGACUGCCGCGGGCGGCUGCGGCUGGAGCGUUUCUCGGCGGGGUCGGCGGGACGCAGUACACGCUGCUUGGCGCCGCAGGCUGAUCCCGCCGCGACCCGGGGAGCAGUGAUGUUGGGCAGCUCGGAGCCUGGGCCUGAGGCCCGCGAGGCGGGCUCGUCGCUGCUAACGUUGCAGCAUACGGCGCUCCAAGAGGACCAGGAGAACAUCAACCCCGAGAAGGCGGCGCCCGCCCAGCAGCCCCGGACCCGGGCCGGGUUGGCGGUCCUGAAGGCCGGGAACCAGCGCGUCCCAGCGCCGCAGCAGAGGCCCAAGACACGGCGGGUUGCACCUCUUAAGGAUCUUCCUAUAAAUGAUGAACAAGUCACUAUUCCUCCCUGGAAAGCAAACAGUAAACAGCCUGCAUUUACCAUUCAUGUGGAUGAAACAGAAGAAGAGACUCAGAAGAGGCCAGCUGAAUCUAAAAAAACAGAACAUGAAAAUGUCCUGGCUUUUAAUUCAGCUAUUACUCUACCUGGACCAAGAAAACCGCUGGUACCUCUUGAUUAUCCAAUGGAUGGUAGUUUUGAGUCACCACAUACUAUGGACAUAUCAAUUGUAUUAGAAGAUGAAAAGCCAUUGAGUGUCAAUGAAGUUCCAGACUACCAUGAGGACAUUCACACAUACCUUAGGGAAAUGGAGGUUAAAUGUAAGCCUAAAGUGGGUUACAUGAAGAAACAGCCAGACAUCACUAACAGUAUGAGGGCUAUCCUUGUGGACUGGUUAGUUGAAGUAGGAGAAGAAUAUAAACUACAGAAUGAGACCCUGCAUUUGGCUGUGAACUACAUUGAUAGGUUCCUUUCAUCGAUGUCUGUGUUGAGAGGAAAACUUCAGCUUGUGGGCACUGCUGCUAUGCUCUUGGCCUCAAAGUUUGAAGAAAUAUACCCCCCAGAAGUAGCAGAGUUUGUGUACAUUACAGAUGAUACCUAUACCAAGAAACAGGUCCUGAGAAUGGAGCACCUAGUUUUGAAAGUGCUUGCUUUUGACCUAGCUGCACCAACAGUAAAUCAGUUUCUUACCCAAUACUUUCUGCACCAGCAGUCUGCCAACUGCAAAGUUGAAAGUUUAGCAAUGUUUUUGGGAGAAUUAAGUCUGAUCGAUGCUGACCCCUACCUAAAGUAUCUCCCAUCAGUUAUUGCUGCAGCAGCCUUUCAUUUAGCACUCUACACAGUCACAGGACAGAGCUGGCCUGAAUCUUUAGUUCAAAAGACUGGAUAUACCUUGGAAAGUCUUAAGCCUUGUCUCAUGGACCUUCACCAGACCUACCUCAGAGCACCACAGCAUGCACAACAGUCUAUAAGAGAAAAGUAUAAAAGUUCAAAGUAUCAUGGUGUUUCUCUCCUCAACCCACCAGAGACACUAAAUGUCUAACAGCGAAAGACUGCCUUUAUUUUCUAAGAUGUAAAUCACUCAACGUAUAUGGUGUACAGUUUUUGUAAGGUUUUAAUUUUACAAUCAUUCUGAAUAGUUAUGGUCAAGUACAAAUUAUGGUAUCUAUUACUUUUUAAAUGGUUUUAAUUUGUAUAUCUUUUGUACAUGUAACUAUCUUAGUUAUUUGGCUAAUUUUAAGUGGUUUUGUUAAAGUAUUAAUGAUGCCACCUGUCAGCACAAUAAGAGUAAGAACUAAUAAAUGGAUUUGGAAAAUUUGGUUUGUAAGUCAAAUUGGUUUGACUUUAAGAUACCACUCAGAAGAAUUAAUGUGAUUUUACUAUAGAAGGGGACUGGGAAGGCUUCUCUUGAAAUUAAAAAUAGUUUUAGGGAAACAUUGAAGUUUUAAUAUUCAGUUUCCUAAGCAACUGGAUCAAUUUUGUGACUUGAGCAUAAUCUAAGCAUAUCUGGAAUAAAUCUGUGCUUAUUUAUCAGUUGUGAUGAUCCUGAGAAUCUUUCAGCCCUUUGAACACACUAUGAAAGUGCUUUUUCUUUCCUCAACUUUUACACUUUACAAUUAUUUAAAACCUGUUAAGUUGUCCAGAAGGUUAAUAUUUUAAAGCAUAAUGUAAAAUGCUAUGUAAAGAAUCAACUAGAUUUUAUAAUGGAUUUGUGAGUAGAAAAAUACCCAAAGUUAUUAGCACUGAAUAAAUAUCCUUUUAAUAGUUAUAUAUACAAACAUACAACUCUAUGCACUUCAAUUGGCAGCUCUCUUCUUUUUUCUCUUUUUCACCGGCUUUUUACUUGGUGCUUUUUCUUGUUUUGCACUGAUGGUUUGUGUUCUGUGAAUAAAAUAAAUUAACAUUUUACUAACAGUAUUAGCAUUAUAAAGGUGAGACCAUGGAUGGUUUACCAGACUUACACCAUUUGCUCAUUAAAUUUUGGACCACCAAAAUAGGAGGCCUUAUUUUUUUUUCUAGUAGAACAUACAACAUUUGCCAAUUAUGAGAAUAAAAUGAGGUAACUUUAAAGGCAUCCAUCCAGUUUUUCAGUAAGAACAGCUGGAAUUUGAAUAAAAUAGGGGUGUCUUUGUUUAUAGUAGGAUGAGAAUAAAACCACAGAAGUCUUGAGUAUGUGUAUACAUUUGAAAUAAACCAGAAAUUUGUUACCUUAUUUUCUUUGGGUUCUUGUCUGGUUCUAAAAUGAUCAUUUCUUCUUCUUCACUGUCUGAGAGUACUAUAGGGGCAUCUUUAAGAAAAUAAUUAAGAAAUUAAGGAAACUAUCUAAGUAUAAUCACGUGGAAAAUUUCUACAUAGGUUUAUGUCAGCAGUUCUGAUACUCUGUUUGCAUACAAAUAGCCCCAACUAUUCUGGAGUUUACAGAACUACUUGGUUCUUUCCUUCCCUAAAGUAACUCCUUGGAGCUCUGAAAAAUAACAUACUUCUUUCCUAAAAUUCUGUAAUUAAUUAUAUGUAUAAUUCUGUAAUUUAUACUUCUUUCCUAAAAAUUCUGUAAUUAUAUUCUACUUUGUACAUGUCAUAAUGGGGCAAAAUCUAUGUAUCUUCUAUUCUGAAAGGAAAAUACAAAAAAAACAAUUAUUGGGUCAAAGGUAUAUACAUUCUAAAAAAUUUAUUGCUAAAUCCACCCAAAAUACUGUUCCAAUUUAAAUGAAAAACCUGUUUUUCCUAUAUGCACCCUUGCCAAUGGUGGUUUUUAAGAUUUUAUCUAAGAGCAGAGGAAGAGACUCUGAACUGAGGAUGAAGUCCCACAUGAGGCUUGAUCCCAAAACCUGAGUCAAAACCAGUCAGACUUUACCUACUGAGCCACUAGAUGCCCCAAUUUCUAAUAUUCUCUGAUAGAAAUCUCUGCUUUGAAUUUAUUUGUUACCACUAGAGUUGCCCAUUAAAUAUAUUACUGGCCAUUUAUAUCUGAGAAUUACUUUGUAUCAUUUGCCAAUUUUUCUCCUGAGCCUUAAUAAUAUAUAUAUAUACUAUAUACAAUGUGGAUUAGCCCUCUUCCUAGUUGGCAUAUCAAUUCUUUAUAGUUUUCAGUUAAGUUUCUUUUUAGUGUUUAUAUGCUUUAGAAAGACUUUACCUGUUUUUAUCCUCCCAAUUAUCUUAGGUCUACUUUCAUUCAGUUGAAAAUAUUACUCUUCCAAGCGGUAAUUGAAUGUUUAGCUAUUAAUCUUACUAAUCUUAGAAAAAUAUUUCAAAAAUAUCUAAAAAGAGGCCUAUGCAAAGAUGCUUUACUCUAGCACUGUAACAGAAAAUGGCAACAUUUAUCAACGAGGGAAUUUCGUUAAGCCAACCUAGUUAAUGUCAAAGCUAGAAUUCAAUGCAGCAUUUAAAAAUGUGGCUGAUGACAUGAAAAAGUUCUAAGGAUUCAUUCACAGUCCCUGUGUUUAAGCAGCUUAUUCUGGUGUAAAUACACAGUAAAUAAAUACAUGGAACAAGGUCUGGAAGAGUAAUACCAAAAGAAGUAACCACUGGGAAAGCUGAAUAAGGCUCCCAAUCAAUGGGGAUUAUUUUUCCUCACAAAACACCCCGGCAGGGCAGCCCCGGUGGCUCAGCACAGUUUAGCACCGCCUUUGGCCCAGGGCAUGAUCCUGGAGGAUCCUGGAGGAUCAAGUCCCACAUCGGGCUCCCUGCAUGGAGCCUGCUUCUCCCUCUGCCUAUGUCUCUGCCUCUGUCUCUCAUAAAUAAAUAAAAUCUUAAAAAAACGAAAACAAACAAAAAAACACCCCAGCAGCCUCUCAGUAAUGUUUAUAGAUAAUAACUUCUUUCCUUGAAGGUAGGCAGGUAUGUGCAUUCCAUACCUAAACAGUAUAACCUAAUUUUUUCAGCCAGAUUUUAAUAAUUACACCCUUUAGUUCUCUGCCAGCCUACUUGCUACAUCCAACCUUGGAGGAUAAGUUUUACCACAUAAAAAAAGCCCAAUUCAUGAUUAUUAUGAGCUAAGCAAGAAUUUUUACUAACAGUAAAAGUUAAAACAAUUUUCUCAAGUUCUACAGCUUUCAGAAUGCAAAGAAUAUCUUAUCCAGGACUACCAGUAUUCUAAGCAAUUCUAGAAUUUUGUAUGUUCUAAUACUGCUCUAUUAACAGCCAUACAUGGCUGUUUACUUUUCUAUUAACUAAAAUUAAGAUUCAGAAUUUAAUUUUCUGUCACAAACCACAUUUCAAAUGUUCAAUAUCUGCAUGUGGCUAGUGGCUAUUAUACUGAACAGUGUACAUAAAGAUCUCUAACAUUACAGACAGUUCCACUUGUACAGCUCUAAUACCUGUUAUAUGGGCUUUUUAUAUUUGAGUCUAGAAACUACAAAGAGAAAAUAGCAUGCAGGAAUGAAUCCUUAGGAAACCCAUCCCUUUAAAACUGGCCAGAUAUAAAAGGAAAAAAGAACAAAACAUUUUUAAACUAAAAAUGCCACUACAUACAAAAGAGUACCACUAACUCCACAAAGAUAAGCACAUUAUUUUAGAAAAGAAUUGGGGUUAAAUAUGAACAGAUUCAAACCACAAAAUAUUUAGCUCCUCUGAAAAAGGAACUGCUAAUAAAAGAGCUGUAAUACACAUAAUAUAUUACAUAAAAGCCAUAAAGCGUUACCUACCUUGGCUCCCAAUAUUGGAGACUUCUACUCCAGUGUCCAUUUUUAUAGUAUCAAGAAUGAUAGCUUCAUCAGUGCCAUCUUCAUCCUCCUCUUCCUUCUCAGACUCUUCAAGAUCACCCCAGGAGUUUUCUAUUCCCUCUCCAAUUUGGGCAGUUCCAGGAGUCCAAAGCACAGGAUUAGAAACACUUAACAAGUUAAGAAAACUAUGAAUAACAAAUGCUGUGAUUUGAUGCAGUGUUGAAAAAAGAUGAGAGUAAAAGUUUUAAGACUGAAGUGUGCAUCAUUUGUGCAAAAUUUCACUAACAGCUGCGCUAUGGAUGGCUGAACAAUGAGAAAGAAAAAACAUGUAACUAAGGUUAAGAUUUUAUGGAAACAAUGGUGAGAAAUACUGAGACAUACUGGCUCUCAACAGUUCCAAUCAUAAAUCUGGCAAGUGUAUGAAAAAUUUCCAAGAACAAUGUGUAACAGUAUAUAUAAUGCUUGAUUAUGCCAAUGAGAUUAAAGAAUAAUUUUCCAAAGGAAAAUAAAAUGCUGUAAAUUGGCUAAGAUGGAAAAUUUUCUGUUUUUGUAGGAUAGAUGAAGAGGUGGAUAUUAUGUCAGACUUAAGACUAGUCACUGUCUUGUAUCUUAAAUGUGUUCUCUAUCAAAGCAGUGUUUCAGAAGGUAAACCUCAGUAUGUACACCCUUCACAUAUACCUAAUACUGCCAAAAGUGUUAUGAAUCAUGUUACUGAAAAAAUCAUCCAAUAAAGAUACACUUCUGAAGGA